AUGGAUGUUUAUAUUGAUCAUUAUUUAGUUCUAGGAUUACCAUCUGGUGAAAAAGGAACCAAGAUUUCGUAUAAAGACAUAACAAAAGCAUAUAAAAUAAAGGCUUUGGAGUUGCAUCCAGACAAGAAGCCUAAUGACCCUAAUGCUGUCAUUAAUUUUCAAAAUUUACAAGCGUCUUACGAAAUCCUAAAAGACGAAAAUUGUAGAAAGAAGUUCGAUGCUGAUCUCAUUCGACAUAAUUAUUAUGAUAACAAACAAGACAGACAGCAUGCUGCAUUUGAAAAACGAGUAAGAAAACGUGCUGCUGCUGCAUUUAAAGAACGAGAAAAGAAACGGGCUGCUACUAUAUAUGAAGAACGAGAGAAGAAACGGGCUGCUGGUAAUAAAGUUAUAAUUGAUGAUGUUAGAUUAAAAGCCGAAAAAGAAGUUAGUAAUCCUAUUAGAUUAAACCGUAGAGGAGUGGAUAAGGAAAAUGUGCUUAAGGUGUUUUGGACCAAAGGUGGGUUGGAUUAUAGUGAAAGAAAAUUGAGGGAGAUAUUUGAAAAGUUUGGUGAGGUAGAAGAUGUCAUUAUGAGCUUUGUUUAUCGUGGUGCGGGCUCACAUCGUGAUGGCUACUAA